GAUUUUUUCGUUGUACCCCACCAUCUGUAUCCUACUCAAACUCGAAUUGACGCUCUGCAUAUUAAAAAUUUGCUUCCAAGAUUUAGGUUUAAACGAGUCGCUCAAAGGGUAUGGCAACUUAUGCAGAAAAUUCUUCCAUUGUGAGGCAAAACUCGCUUUUGGGCAUUGUUCAAUGUAUAUCACCAACUCUUCCAGUAAUAAGCGACCAAUUUGCAGUGUAGGCUCGGUUGCAUACACUCUACCUUGAAAACCGGUACCUUCUGUAAUAAACGGCAAUGCCAUCAUGCACAAGUAAUUCGAGAUUAAAAUGACGUCCACUUGCGCGAAAUCGAUUAAUUUAUCCAGAGGAGGACAAAACUCGGGAGGGGAGUCGACGAAAACCCGCUCCCCAUUCUCUUUUAACUCCUUAAAACAACAAAUUAGAUAAUAAAAAAUUACAAAUUAUAUCUAUACUUUACCCCGUCUAAUUCGGGAUCUGUAACGUCAAUAGGCAUCCAAGUCGGUAAAUUUUGCAGUUUCUGCGAUGGUACAAAUGGUAAUGGCAAAAAAUUCAACACCGACUGCAUAGAAAGGCCACAAUCCAACAUCAUUGUUAUCUCUCGAAAAGUUAAAAUAUGACAUGGUUUAUUAGGGUCAUUACUUAAGCAAUACUGAAAAUAUGGAUUGUUAAUGACAACGUUUUAUGUAAGUAUAAUUAAAAAUUGCUUACCAGCUUCAUUUUCACUGUUUUUAAGCCAAAAUAUAAAGAAAACAAAAUAUAACCUCCAAAUUAAUGUUUUUUGAUUUUUUAUGUUUGUUACUUAUAUUAAAUUGUUUUCGUCAUACAAUAAUACUAACACAGCACUAAAAACACUUUAAAACAUAUUAAAACAACAUUUUUAACGCAAAAUAAACAUUCUAACCGUAGUAGUUCAAAUGACCCGUCAACAAACCUUAACCUCACAAAUAACAGUACAUAACCUCACUUAAGAAGUAAACAACAAAAUCGCAAAAAUGGACUUAUCCCUUGAUGAAAUUCCAAUGGAUAUCGAGGAGGAUGAUAAUAUGGCGGGGCCCAGUACGCUACACAACACCGAUAGCGAAUCGGAUGAUGAGAAUUCGAGUAAAAUACGAAAACGCAAAAAAGUCGCGAGUUCAAAGUUACCAGUGCAUUUUAAGGGGUUGAUGGGUGAGGCUAACCUGAGGUUUGCCAGGGGGGAUUUGGUUUUGGCCAAGAAGAUGUGUUAUGAGGUGAUAAGGAACUGUCCCGAUGCCUAUGAGCCUUACUUGACUCUGAGUCAAAUGUACGAGAAUGUGAACUUGAAGAAGUACCGGGGGUAUUUGCUGUUGGCGAGUCAUAUGAACCCCAGCGGGGAGGAUAUUAUGUGCAGGUUGGCUGAUACCUAUUUGCAAGAAAAUCAACCUUUGGAAGCUAUAGCUUGCUACACAAAACUGCUAAGGAAUGGAACAUGUGGGAAAAAUAUGGACAUCCAUUACAAGAGGUUGAGUUUGGUGGAGAAACAUUGCAAUAUAAAGCAGGUGCUACGUUGCAAGCAAACCCUAGCCAAAAAUUUGCCCAUAAAAAACUUUGAGGGUAUUAUUAGCAUAUGUAUGGAGUUGGGGAAGGAAUUUUUUAAUCAAAAAAACUACAUAAGAGCUCUGGAGGUUUUAGAUAUACCAUUUAAACGCGUACCGACAAAAAUAACCCUAGAUUUAUUAAACAUGAUGUUGGAAUCAUUAUUAUAUUGCGAUAGGUUCACUGAAUGUUUAGAUUUAUUCAUAAGGUAUUGCAGCUUUGAGUUUGAUGUUUUUGUUGAAGACAACCAAAAAAUAACCGUAAAUUCCUACACCCUUCCAGAAAACCUCCAAGUAGACCUAAAAGUAAAAUUCAUAAUAUGCCUUAUAAAACUCCAAUCUCUCCACUUAGUCCCAGAACUAAUAGACUCAAUAAUCAUAAAUGAUGAUGUGGAUAUUUACGGUGACCUCUAUUUGGACAUAGUUGAGGCUCUCAUCACUGUAAUGCCGCAAGAAGCUUUAAAGUUACUCAUUCCAUUGGUUAAAUCCAAGAAUUUUUCUCUUGCCGCAAUUUGGUUGAAAUACGCAGAGUGCCUAUCAAUGUGUGAAAUGCCUGAACAAUCCAUUGAAGCCUAUUUUACUGUGAUGGCUUUAGCACCUCAACAUGUGGAAGUUUUAUAUCCCUUGGCCAUGCUACUUUUAAAUCAAGGUAAACAACAGGAAGCUUUGGACGUUUUAUCGCAAGAUUUAACAACAAAUAAAAUGGACGUGGCAGUUCUGAUGGAAAGAAUGAAGUUACUGAAAAAAAUCAACCAUUUGGAGGACUACUGGAAAUCGGCCGAACUACUUUUGUCCAGGCACUGUGUUGUACUAAAAAAUCCAGAAGAAUUGAAAAUAGUUACGAUAAAUUUUUCCGUUAGGGAAAAAGUGACAAAAUUAAAAAAAAUGCGCGAGUUUCGAGGCGAUAAUUCCGAUAUAGAGUCCAAUUUUAUAAGCAUCAAAGAGCCUUCCGUGGAAGAGGAAUACUCAUUCUACAGAAACAUCUUGCAAUUCGCAAAAGACACGGAAAAUUACGCGAUGUACCAAAAAUUUUCGUUCAUGGGUUUAUGCUCGAAAAGAUUCCUCAAAUUCACCGACGAGAUAUUUUUGUCCGCCUUUUACUCGUGCAUGCUGAAGGGGGACAUUUUCCACGGUUACACGACGAUCAGGGAUAUAAUUUUGAAGCACAACUAUCAAAACAUCAAGAACAACUUGGCUUGGAAUUGGUUCAACGUGAUUCUGCAGAAGCCGGAAGACUGCAGGUACAUCAGGUUCCUGGAAAGGCUGCAGAACAAGUUCAGCGCGCCCACCAUCAAGGUCAUAGAGGCGAACUACAACAUUUCGGUGGGGAAUUACAUGACUUGCUUGACGUUUUUCAUGCAGGAGUACAAGAGGAGCAAGACCUCGUUUAGUGCGCUCAUGCUGGGGAUCAUAAUACUGCAGUUGUACUCGCAGAAGUACAACAAGCACAGAAAAAAAUUGUUUGCGGAGACGGCAACGUAUUUGUUUAUGAACUACAAGAAAUCUAGGACGAAGUCGGCCGAGCAAGAAGUUUUCUAUAAUUUAGGAAGGAUGUAUCAACAAUUGGGGAUCACUUAUUUGGCCGAACACUACUAUAAUAGGGUUUUAUACGUCGAAAAUAGUCUACUUGAACAGUACCCGGAUAUUUUGUGUUUAAAACGAGAGGCGGCUUUUAAUUUGCAUAUUAUUUACAAAAACGCUGGGAAUUUUAUAGCAGCCAGAAAUGUUUUAAUAAAAAACAUUGUUGUAUAAUAAAAAAUUGUUAAAUUUUAAUUUGAUUUGCAACCCAUGUAAUUCAAAUGACCUAUACAUGUGUCAUUUGAACUACCACCAUUCCGUUACACUGAGACACAAAAUCAAAAUUAAAAACUUGUUUACAAUGUCAAAACGCAUUUUAGAACGUCAAAUCCAAAUUAUUAUUUUUAAAGAAAAUCUACAGGAUGUUCAAAAGUUAGGAAAAGACGAAAUUGAUUUUUUUUUUAAGUUUUGUAAGGAAAAGUUGAUUUUAAUAAGCCCGGAUACAAAAAUUACCAACAUUGAAAUUAAAAGAGAAAAAAAUCAAGGAAUCUAACGAUAUAUCAAACUAAAAUAUUUAGAGAACUCGUUAUCAUACAUUUUAGAAAAGAUUAAUGCAACCCACUGUAUUUUUACACAGUAGUUCAAAUGACUUAAACAUGCAGAAAAUAUGUCAUUUGAACUACCACCAUUGCGUUACACUGAGGCACAAAAUCAAAAUUAAAUUUAAAGAUGUCAAAAACUUGUUUGCAAUGUCAAAACGCA